AUGGCGGAUACGGAGUCCAAAGAAAAUGAUACCGAUGUUAUCGUUGAAAAGGAAGAUGCCUCUGAAACACUCAUAGAGGGCCCGAUUGUUCGUCCACCAAAUCCAGCAGAUCUUCCAUUAGGACCAUACUUUCAAUUUAUUACUACUGAUCUGGAAAAGAUGCAAUGGAUAGGAAGUGUAUUAGUCUGUCGACAUAUUGGAUUCGAUGGACCAAAAAUUGAAUUUACUGCUGACGUGAAAAUCGAUUAUGACCGAGACAUUUUAUAUGAAGAUUUAUUCGGUAUGUGUGCAUAUCGAAUCGAUCUUUAUAUUGAAAUACCUCCGGGCGAAGGUGAAGAGAAAAUAACCUGGAAAACCGAUUGGGGUCAUUCAUCAUCUAAUGGUACAUUUUAUAUUUCUCGAUAUAAUCAAAAAUGGCGUAGUGGUGUUUUUUUCAUCGAAUGGAUAUGA